AUGUCCGCUUUCUGCCUAGACCUGCAGACGCCUGCCGUGGUUUCAGCACCACUGGAGCUGGACAGCGACAGCAUGGAGCCCCGGACCAGCCCCGCCGCUCAGGAGCCCGGCGGCUUUCAGGGUCACCCGCUGCGGCACACCGGCUCCGGAGGCCUCGGCAUGGCCUUGGAGGAGGAACUGGCCAUGCUUGCCGGGGAGCGGGACGGCGAGGAGGAGCUGUCGGACCUAGAGGCGCCUGCGGUGGGGCAUAACGCAGACUUGCUGUCGCUCUAUCGUCAAAAGGAAAAAGACUUGGUUUUAGCCGCUAAACUCGGAAAAGCAUUGCUGGAAAGAAACCAAGACUUGACCAAGCAAUAUGAGAAAAUGCACAAAGAUCUCAGCGAGAAACUAGAGCAUUUAGAGCAAGAGAAGCAUGAAUUGCGUCGGCGUCUGGAAAGUCGAGAGGGGGAGUGGGAGGGCCGCGUGGCCGAGCUGGAGACGGACGUGCAGCAGCUGCAGGGCGAGCUGGAGCGACACCAGGUCCAGCUGAGAGAGGCUGACAGGGACAAGACCAAGGCCAUCAGCGAGCUCUCUGAACAGAACCAUAGACUGCUGGAGCAACUCAGUAGGGCUGCAGAGGUGGAGAGGCAGCUGUCCACUCAGGUCCAUUCAUUACGGGAUGACUUCAGGGAGAAGAGUCUGUCUACAAGCCAGCACAUGACACGACUAGAAACUCUACAGGCUGAGCAAGGGCUAGAAAUUAAGAUGCUGUCGGAGAGGAAGAUGGAGCUGGAGCGCCGGGUGCACGCAAUGCUGGAGGAGAACGAGCUGCUGCAGAACACAGUGGACGACCUCAGAGAAAGAACGCUGGUGUUUGAGAAGCAGUAUCACGAAAAGGACCUACAGUUACGGCAGAGUCAGCUGGAGCUCCAUGAGGUUCAGUUGUCCCACAGGCAGCUGACCGCUCGGCUGGACCAGCUGACGGAGGAGCACAGUCUCCAAAGCAUCACGCCCCACCCGUCCAGUCUGCUGUGUGAGAUAGAGCAGUGCAUGGAGCAGGAGGAGCAGGAGCAGGAGAGGGAGCAGCUGCGUCUCCAGCUGUGGGAGGCCUACUGCGAGGUCCGCUCACUCUGCUCCCAUCUCCGGGGAAAUGACGUCACAGACUCAGCCCUGUCCACGGACUCUUCCAUGGACGAGUCCUCGGAGACGUCCUCAGCCAAGGAUGUGCCUACUGGGAGCCUUCACACCAGCCUGCUGGAGCUACGGAGGUUGACACAGAAUCUGCUGGAUGGCAACGAGUCUACGGGCUCGCGGCGCAGUGAUGAGGAAGCUCUGGAGGAGCAGGUGAGGAAGAUGGGAGAAGAGAUGAGAGAAGUCAGAGAGCUGUAUGACGCCGAGCAGGAAAAAACACGCGGCAACGAAGAGGAGCUGCUAAAGCUGCACAAUCAGAUGGCGCUGCUCUCUGUAGAGAUGUGCUCUCUCCAGGAGGAUAAUGAGCGGAUGAGGGCAAUGUCUGAAGUCCUAGAACCCAGCGAGCAGCUCCAGAGUGCUAUUAGAGACCGAGAUGACGCCAUAGCCAAGAAGAAAGCGGUGGAGAUGGAGCUGGCAAAAUGUAAAAUAGACAUCAUGUCUCUGAAUAGCCAGCUCCUGGACGCUAUCCAGCAGAAGCUCAACUUGUCGCAGCAGCUGGAGGCCUGGCAGGAUGAUAUGCACAGAGUGAUUGACCAGCAGCUGAUGGACAAGCACCAGGACGAGUGGCGUUCCGCCCCAUCCUCCCUGUCAGGGUCGUCGAGGGCCCAGUCCUCCAGGAGAGCUCACCGCAUCUCCGACCGGGACAGGAGACUUUUCUCUUUUUUCAAAAAGAACUGA